CUUUGACUUCCAGGUGAUUGAAGUAACAUCGAAAACUUUUGCUUGACUGUGUUGGUCAGUGUGAAGAAAGUGUGUUGCCUUUUUAUUGGAGGCUCAAGCGGAUAAUGUAGCAUACAUGCGCGAUAGCAGUGGACACAGUAUAAACGACUGUGUUUCUGCGUGAAAAGUGCUAUGCUGCGCAAAAAGUUUCCACUAGCCAGCGCCUACAACUCGUGAAGCAGAAGACUCGUGUCAAUGACCAUGGGCGAACGCCAAGACAGCCUCGAUGGAUGGGUGGCCAUCCGAGAGAACCUCUUUGACCCUGUGGAUGUUCCGAUGCACAGCUCGUCACGGUUCAUUGUCGCCUUCAACCGUGUGGAGUGUCAGUUCGCAGUCAGCUACUCGGAGGGCGAGCGUCAUGCUUGUGACAGGGACAACUGUGCCGCACGUGCUGCGCUGCUUUCCUCAGAUGCCCUGCGCGACAUUCACAGACAGCUCUUGCUCAUGUGUCCUGCACUUGAGAAUGCUUUCCCACUGAGUAUAUCACAGACCAAAGGGUCUCGGAGCUUCUUAGGGUUUUUCUCAACAAAGAACGGGGUGCUUGAAACACUGGAUCCAUCUGUUGAAGACAAAGUGUGCAGGGGGCUGGAGUACUAUUUUAAGCAGGCGCUUGAUGCAACAGGGAAGAGGUUGCUCUUCGCUGUGGUGUUUGGUGAAGAAGACUACUUGACUGAUUAUGAGGAAGAUGUUCAGGAGUUGAGACUACGGGGUCUGGAGCGUACCCUGGAGCGCUCCUAUGGUGACCUGAUUGAGAUACUGUCUCUCCGGUCACGUUCUGAGACUAUGUUGGAGCUGUCAACGGUGUAUGCUCUGGAGGACCAGGUGGUGGCCAACAUUUCCAUUGCUUUGGCUGAGCUCUACAACUUCCAGUUGGGGCCCUUCUUAGAACUGCGUGAGCUGGCAGCUGAACGCAGUCGUGCAUCGCGCCUUAGGGCUGACGAUGGCCGGCUUGGGCCUCGUGUCAGAGCUGAGGCAACGAAGGAGCUCGAAGAGUGGGAAGCUCGAGCGCAGUCUGCCAAUGAAGCCACUCAACACCUUUACCAGGAGUACUAUCGGCGUACCGUGGAGCUAGUUUCAGGUCAAAGAAACAGGAUGCUUGAGGACCAGUCAAAGUUUGGUCGGUCGACAUUUGAGCUGCAUGGUAUGCAGCGCCUUCAGAAGCUGGAAGUGUUUGUCUGCCAGGAGCGGCUGAAGUUGCUGGGUGCCAUCAAGAGCACCCGAGAACUACAGCAUGGCAAGAUCACCCAAAUGCUGGAGCAGCAAGCUCUGCGAGGUCAGUGCACACUAUUGGAAAUGGAGGAAGAAGUGUACAGCUCUCAGUUGGGCAUAUAUGACGUGAGCUUGGAGAUGCUCAAGGAGGAGGAGGACAUGUUGCGAAGGCAGAAAGACAUCCUCGACCGUGCUUGGCAAGAGGAGCUGGAUGAGGGCAUCUUUUAUGAUGCUGUGGAGGAGCGAGACCAGUUUGAAGACGAGCUCGAGAUGGAAGGCAGUGGCCCCAUGUCAAGGCGAGACCGACUCAAGCUUCGACUCAACAGGCUCUACAGGAAGCGAGCCAUCCUCAGAAACAAGCGGAAAGCCUGCAUCGCUGAACACCAAAAGAAGGUGAAGAGAAAGGAAGAAAAGAAGAAUCGUAUUAAACAGCAUCACGCUGUCCAAAUGAAACGAGAAGAAAUACACAAGGUAUUGGACAUGAAUCGUGAACGCAUCGACAGUGAGCGUAAGAAGACGCUGGAAAGGCUCAGGGAAUACAAAAAGAAAUAUCAUAAUGGCAAAAAGAGUGGUGAUGGCACGAUGCUGGAGCCCGUUGAGGACGAGCUAUCAAGGACACCGUCUCCAAGGAGCCCAAAGCCCAGUUUAAGGCUCCAGAAUGGCACUGCAGCAGUCAGAGCGAAAGCAGUCAGAAUCUCUCCGGAGAGUACCAAGGAUAAGGAGGACGUCCCAUUGCCUGUCCUACCUUCACCACCUCCACCGCCUGCUGUACUACACCAGCCGCCACCUCUGCCUCCUCCUCCUCCUCCACCUCCUCCACCGCCUCCGCCACCACCAUUGAUGCCAGCCUUGAUGCCGGCUGUCUCAAACAUCAUCCCACUGACAGCACUCAAAAAACCUGGACCGAAGCAAGAUCCACCAAAGCCUAACCAAGGGGAACCUAACAAAACCAUCAACCUAUCAGAAAUUCUUGCUGCUCGCACCAAGCUCAGGAAAGCAGCUGUUUCAACUGACGACGACAAAAAUAAAAACUCAGCCACUGGCUCUCAGUCCAAGGACUUCAAUGCAGUUCUUAAAGCAGCCCUUACAAAAAUUAACAUUGCCUCACAUGGACCUGACAUUUCUGACCAUGAGAGUGAAAACAGUGACUUUGAGUAAUUGCUUCUUAUAAAAAUCAACAAUGGCUGAUGUUUGCACUCUCUGUUUCCGUCCGUGACCAGUGUUGCGUGUGCUGCUAUGCAGAAAAUGUUCUGCUCUCAUACUCGUAAAACCUUUGGUGCUACAAUGCUCAUGCAACACACACACACACAAAAAAAAAGUGUGAAGUAGUCAAACCUUUGCUGUCCUCCUUGUAUUAUAUUAUCUGCAGAAUCUUACUCCAUUAGGCGGAGUGGUGUGCUGCAAAGCUGUACUUGUGACGCUUCACAAAAGGUUCCUUUGUCCCAAAAAUGCUGCAUGGAGUGUGUGAAGCUAACUGUAAAGAUCUCCUUUUUUUUUUUUCUUUGGGAACAAAGUUCUGAUUUUAUAGUUUCGUUAGUGUGAUCAGCACUUUAAAUGUGGGCAGACUUAGGACUGCUCAAGCUUAUGCAAGAAGUUGUGCUUUUAAUGGUAAAAAAAGUUGAAAUAAAUGAAAACCUACUGAAAAGCGCUUUUUAAGAAAAAAAAAGCUAUUCUGUUUCCCCGUGUUGUGUGACAUUUCAAUGUGUUAUGCUAAUAACAAACAUAAACAGGCUAUGCAGUCUCAUGUCGGCAGCUUUGCUAGGUGAGAGUGGUCAUCGGUCGGUCGCUUCUCACACAUCAGUUCUGGGAUUCAGGAAUGCAUCUCAUCAAUGUUUGAUGCAAAGGAAAUGGUUAUGCGCAAAAACAAAAAACACGGACACAGAAAUAGACGGGGACGAGCGCAAACUUUCAACUCUUGGAAGUUGAAAGUUUGCGCUCGUCCCCGUCUAUUUCUGUGUCCGUGUUUUUUGUUUUUGCGCAUAACCAUUUCCUUUGCAAGUAUGAACCAACUCGCCCAGCAGAAAGUUUUACUGAGCAAUGUUUGAUGCCUCUCAUCGAUGUUCCGAUUUUUUUUUUUUUCAAUUCUGCACAUUGGAGUAUAGCUAGCUUAACCACUGGCUCGUUGUGCUUCCCAGGAAGCUAAUUUCUACUUGUCUUGAAAAAUGGUAAGGGGUAGGGGAGUGAGAAUAAUGAGUGUUCAGGUGAUGUUGUGGACACCGUGUUGUCUUUACAGCUUACACAGAGCUGCUGGAGAUAAACAGAUAGGGAUAAUGCACUGCUUUUCACCAUGCUAUAUGUACACCAAAAUAGUGGCUGCAAUGACUUCAGUGCAUGCUGUCUUAUACAAAUGUGCAUGAAGUACAGGUCUGUGAACAAGAGAGUGUACAAUGAAUAAAAAAAAUUGAGUGACAGCCCAAUCUGCAACCAUGAUGUGUGCCUGUGCAGUUGCAUCUACAGGCAACUGUGCAUUAGUGCAUGCACAUCUGGACCCUCGGGCCAGCGCAUUGUGGUCCUGUUAAAUGUUUAACAUAAUGCGAUGGGCAAUCUGUUACCAAAGCCUGCACCUGUGCCUGGGACCCUUCACAUUCCUGGAUUUUUUUGCACAGGUAUGGCAUGACUGUAGCAGAUUGCGUAUAUGCCACUGUUGUCAAAUGUUGUUGAAAGCUCUGCCCUAGUGGUGCUGUGUUUACGCAAAUAUGGUGGAAUAGCACCAUUGCAUGUUUGUAAUUGUAUCAGGCACAAAGUGCUCGUUUUCACGUAGAAAGUGCGAGAUUGUGGUUUAGCCCGGUCAGUAGUGCUUUCUUUACGAUGUUGACUGGUUUUAUAUGAUGAGGGUUCCUCCUUUGCUCAAAGAGAAAUGCUAGUUAUAGUUGAUUUGUAAUGGCAAGACGUUAUGUGUAGUGAGAUCAUUAAUCUGUUUCAUGUAUAGCUUGAUUAAGUAAUUUAGAAUCAAAGUAUUUAUGUGAAAGUGGCAGGAGUCAUGCUUAAUUUUUUGUGUAGCUGUUUUUCAGACAUUUCUUUUAACAAAAUGAAUUACAUGUAGGUACCUUUGUGUAUUGCAUCAUACUCAACCAGUGUCAAGAUACUUGCAUGUAUUGCAUGAAAUAAUUAGUGUGCAUAGAGUCCCAGGGUCUCACUGCCUUUGCUUAGCUUGAGUUUUCAGAGGCAUUUCUGGGAGAGUAAUCGACUGCCACCAAAAGUUCGGGGCAAGUUUCAUGUUGCCUUUUGUCAUGUAUGAAUUUGAAGCCUUUGUGCUGCCUCUACUUGCAGCUGACUCAAUCUCAAGCACUCUCAUCACGUUCCAUUACAUAAGUGCUCUGGUAUGCGGGGAGCUUCAGCUGAGGUACCUGAAUAUCCCUAAAAUUAGGUAGGCUAGAUGUGCAAAUGGUUCCCCAGUCAUUUGAUGGUGACAUUCAGUUGAUGGUGACACUGCCUCAUGUUGCCUUUGGGGGAGAGCAUUAGUUGGCCACACUGAAAACCACCGAGCCAUGGUGAUAGCAGGGUAUGGCAUUUAUUUUUUCUCUUUCACCUUGGCAUGUCAAAUAUGGAGUAAUUUAUUGUGUCAAAAGUGACUAUACUCGUGGACAACUUUCUGUGACAUUGAAAGGAAAGCAAUGACAGGUGACAGGUUCAGGUGACAGGUGUGAGAGGCUCGCGUUUGCUCAGACAUGAAAGGGAAAAGCUGCAAAAUAAGCUUCAACACACAGUAGUGUGUUUUGUCUUAUUUAGCUGGUAAAUAAGGUGUUUAUGUUUUUUCUUCCCCAGCUUAAACUAAUGCGGAUGAAAAUGUUGGACUUUUUUUCAGAAGCGCUUUCGCUUGUGAGCACUAUGACUCCUUAGCUUUCCCUUCAUUUCCACUGAAGUUCUCUAUGCGUAUAGUAGCAUAACUGUUUUGUAAAUCUAAAAAUGGUUAUGGAGUAUGCUCAGGGAGAGCCACAAAUAUCUGACAAUGAAAUACUAGCACAUAUCUUGCUCAGCCAAAAGGCUAAUUUGCAAUAAAAUGCAAUAUGUAGUACACUCAAGACAGGUUCACAGGAAGAUGGAGAUUUGAAGUAAUCAACAUUGGUAGAGCAAUUAAUGUUUCAAGCUGAAGCAAAGGUGACAAGUGGACUUGUCUUUGUUAGUGUCUGUUAGUUACCUCAGUGUGUAUUACAAGGUUUUGUUCCAACAUGCUGGCACAUAAAAUUUGCUUUGUAAAUUACUAUAUUUGGGUACCAAAGCUUUUUGAGUGUGUCUUAAGGGUUUCACUGUUAAAAUCAAAUGCUUUGUUUCACUCGUAUGCUGAGAUUCUUUUCCUAUUUGAUGACCCCAAAAUUGCUCCCCUCACUCGUGUUAUUUUUAGGUUCAUAUUAUACGCAAGGUUUCACAGUACUUAGCUAACUGUGGAUGUUGCUAAUUUUUUCAUUCUUGGCAGCGUGCCUUGAGGCAUCUAGGAAUGUAUAACUGAAAUAGUAUCUCACCUGCUCUAAUUCUGGGCAUUUCAGAUACCUCAGCUGACAUAUGAAUCACACUGUGAAGCACUGUGAAGCAUGUUGUAUUUGAUAGCUUUUGGUUGUGAUGUUCACGGCCCAAUGUCCAUUUGUUUUCGACCGUUUGAGGAGUUCGUCUUGACUAUAUCUGUACUCAUUGUUUUCGUAGCAAUUGAUUUGUAUGCAGUGCUGCUAACAGUGCUCCAGUUUGCAAAGAGAUGCUGAGUCAAUGUGCGCAGCAGCUGUUCCACCUCUGACAUUUACGAACCCGCAUGGUACACUUUUUGAAUGUUGAGUAUUAACACACUACUAUAUACUCUGUUGGUUCACAAGAUUGCACUGUUUUAUUGUCUGAGAUAACAAUGUGUACCCUGCCAUGGCUAGCAGGAUAUUAAUAAUUUGCCAUUGCUGUGUGGCACAAACUACCUGAGCGUGCUUGGAGUUGUCGCCUAAUAAGAAUUGUACAGUGUUGGGAGACUAUGUACUCGUGCAAUAAGUUUGUCCUCUUGAGGGCAGUGGUGCAGGCCUUUUAGGCCUUUUGCGAAAAGCCAGGCUGCUUGCUGAAAUUAACGAACAGGCUUGGUCACAAUUCAAUUGAGAACGGAGCAUAAAUACUUGCAGAAAGUUGUGAUCAGUUAGCACUAAACACAACCCAUACGAUAUGCAACCCAUGUAUCACAUGCAUUUUUAGGUUAUGUUGUGCUAACACUAGCAACUUGCACACUUGUCCUCUUGCUUUAUAUAUAUGUACCUAUACCUAUAUACACAAGCUAGUGAGCUAGUCUAUGAGUUGUGUGGCUAUGUCUAGACGGUAACUUGCAAAUUUGUUAAAAAUGAUCUGUUGGAGAGCCUGUUGACAGGUGUAUGUUCCUUCUGCUCGCAGUCAUUGUUCAAUUGCAAGAUAUUGGUGCAAGCUAGCACCUGCUGUUUUUGUAGGUCGGUGCUAAUAUUUACCUUUUGUUCAGAUAGGAUGUUUGUACUUCUGUGUGUUGCACACUUUUGUGUAACCAGUUAUUGUUUUGAAAAAUUCUUAGUAUCGAUGAGCUUACAUGUCUCUAGAAUUUUCUUUUCUUUCAUUACAGUACUUGUGUGCAUUGAAAACCAAAUUGUUCUGCACUUUCACAGGGAUGUUUAUGAUAGGCAGGGCUUGUGGUGUUCACAACGAAACUUCAGUUAUGUGUAUCGUCAACAUUUUUGUAUGCCUGGCUGUAUGUGUGCUCUUUUCGGUUUCCAUUGAAGUUUCUGUGAAUCCGCAUGAUUGAAGAGAAGAACAAGAUUCAUAAUACAUCAACCAGUACAUGACACAAAAAAACACUUUAGCUGCUCGGUACAGCUGCAGUGAAUGAUGAAGGUUUGUGACAUCUUAAUGAGCAGGAGCAACAGCAGAUAUAAGGGCACUAUUUGCAUUGACAAACAAGAGGAAUAUCAAUUUGCCAACUUGAUAGGCAUAACCUUAGGUAACUAUGCUCUUUUUUUGUUUGUUUGGUAACACAGCUGUUAGGCUGUUUUUACUGGCAUGCCCAUACUAUACCUAUGUGAGUGUUCGAUUGCAUGUGCUGGCAUUCUUGUCAAGGUGGUGCUUUGAAGUACCAAAUUACAAGGCUAUGAAGGCUGUGAUCCGAAACUGUGGCAGUGCUGACACUGUGCUCUGUUCUUACACUGGCUGCAGUGCACUUUAUACCCUUUUAAAAAAUAUAUGUGUUCGAAGAAACAUAUUUUUGCUUUUUUUUGUGGAUAAUAAAGCAUGUUUCAUUUAUUGCCUGUA